AUGUUCAAAUUUUUAGUUUUCUCUCUGGCUUUUCUACCGACGAGUUCGGCCACCAGAUAUUGUCAAUCAAAGGGGGAUGGAUUCUACUCAAUAGCCGAAGAUUCUUGUUCCCAGAAGUUCUAUGAAUGCCGUGGAAAUCGAACAUUUACUCGAUCAUGUCCAGGAGAUUUGUUUUAUCGUCAAGAAGCAGAAAGAUGUGAUGCCAAGGAGCUGAAUCCUUUCUGUGAUUCUCAAGGAAUCACUGGGAAAGACGGGAAAUUUGUAAUAAAAUUGGAUGAAUUCUGUUUGAUGAGAGGAAAUGGGAAGUAUAGCAUCAGAGUUGUAAAGAAGGAGCUCAGGACUUCAAGGAAUAACUACGCCGAUCCAAUAGUUUGCCGGCCAUCGGAUGAAUUCAAAUAUCAGUUAAAGGUAAAUGAGAUGUAACGUCAGGGGGGAGUAAUCGAAGUAUACCACUAGCAUUUUUUUAUAGGUUAUAUGUAAUUUUCAUAGGUUGUAUGUAAAAUAUUCUAUUUAUAAUUUAAUUAAAUUAAAAUGUAAUUUCUGAGAAGCUAGAGUAAAAUUUAGUACAAAGGUCAAUUUCGACUAUCUUUGUGUAUUUUGCAUCGUAAAUUCGAUGUAAUUUUAUGACUUUCAUAUUUCCUUCAAUCAAAAAAUAUAAAACUUUCUUGAUGUCACCAGUUUUUAUGUUGAUCUCAAUGUACAGCUUGAGUUUGCCCUGAAAAACGUCUGUUAAACAUAAAGGGUACCUGUAACGCCUGCUUUAGUUUCCCGGCCGAUGUACCGAAAUCUACUGGCAAUGUGUCCAUGGACGAGCGUUACAGUUGUCUUGUCCAUACGGACUCAAAUUCAAUGUCGUUUCGGAUUCUUGUGAUCAUAAACAACUGGUCAAAGACUGCAACCUUGAACCUCAAAAUGACACCAUCUCUUUGGGAAACGGAGGAAAAGUAACUGUCAAGUGUUUGAACGGAAGAUUUGCAGGAAAACUGUAA